GCUAUAUUCACCCUCACUCAUGGUCCCGUUUUUCCCGUCUUCCAUGCGCGGCGCCCAGUCUGCCUCAUUUCGAUGCUGGUCUCAUCUCCCUCCCCACCUUUCUAUACGACCUAACUUAUGCUAUAGUGGAUAGAUAUUCUUCACGGACGAUUGUCAGCUCAUUUCAUCUAGCUACAAGGAAACAAAUUUGAGCACCGAAUUAUAGCUUUGUCGCUCACGAGAGUCUAAAUUCAAGCCUUUAUUCGAUAGCUUUCAAACGCUCCGUUUCCAGAAUUCGUCUUCUCACGAGAUCUUUCGCCCUACUGUACAUUUCGUCGUCUUCUUUCGAUUUUCCGAUUCUCGAUCUAUUACUUUCCUCGUUACUUCUCUCCACACAGUGAUACUCAUGGUUGUGUGGGCCCUGAUGCUAGAGAUCCCGGUUACAGUACUAUUGUAGGAGCAACGACGCAUGUCUGACCUCGGAGUCACCUCUCUACGCAAGCCUUCACAUGGACCAUCACCUACAUGCCCAAUAGCGGAAAUACCUCGCAGUCUUGAGACCGGAUACUAGACAUUUGGACUGCAGAAGGUGGAGGAGCUGAACUUUUCUGCUCCUGAUUCUGGGAAAUGGCCAGUUAGAAAAAUGCCUCCUUGCCAGCGCUACCCCUUUCCCUGCUCGCUCGGUCGCUCUGGUCUCUCCCUGCGCAGUCAACCCCUCUUCCAGGCCCACUCGGAAUGCUCCUUCAUCGGCCUUGCCAUAGCUACCAUUAUGGCACAGCCUGUUUGAAGUCCGGAUGCUCGAUCUACCCCUAUGGAUUCGAUUCUCUUGAUCAUCACGAAGGCGAUCAUAUCUCUAGGUCGCGUCGUAUUGGCUAAGAUACGAACAUGAGCCCCUGCUCCGCUCCGCUCUUUGCUGUUGUACUCUUACGAUCCUCACAGUAAGGUGUUCUCGGUCCUUGCGAUAGUGGAAGCCUGUCAUUGGAAUUACCUGGCCAAUCGAAGGAAUGCCGCACGACGACAAAGCUGGCUUCUGCCUUGCUUCGCCGAGAAUUGCGCGGCAGAAGUGGCCUGCAGUAGAGUGAGAGGGUGGUGCUUGCGUCUCCAGUAGGCUGAAUCCGCCUCAGAUAUGAAGGAUCUUAUGCGCGGAGCAGUAGAAGCGGGAUUGCCGCUCGUCAUCUCGGCGUGAUCUUAAGCAGAAUGGCUCAUGAUAAUGGCCAGAUCUAGCUUCGCAUCUCAAUUUCCUGGCCGUUUUCCCCCACCCGUUUCAGCGUUGAACCUCGGCCGCAGGCGAUAACUUGCCUUGUUCAAAUACCGCGUCACAAAAGUGGAAAGCGAACUUUAGGCAAGAGCAGUUAAUUGGAGGAAAAUUUGUAGAGAGGGAUUAUAACGGGACAAGUGUCUCUGAUGGGCAUGCAGAUAGGAAUGCGGAGCUGCUUUCACCUGGAGAUAUCUAUACAUCUCAGCAUGUUUGAAAUCCGUAGUAGCACAGGUGUGAUAGCUAUACAAACCUCGGUGUUUCCGCCUCAAAAUCCUCAGAAUUCUACUCCAAAGCGAAUUCGAGCAUUUAACCCUCUGCAUACUAUGGACAACAUUGUCUUUUACCAAACAUCCUCGGCGAAUAGCCAGCCUCCUCUUUUACCAGGUGCACGCACGUCUUUGAAUAGUUCUAGCGCAUCUAGUACAUCUUUUCCCGUUCUCCAAACUGCACCACAUUUCAAUCAACAGAAUGAUCUUCCAAAACAUGAUAUGACCAAAUCCCGAGAUGUGAGAUAUCCCUUCCAGAAAAGUCACUCAGAUACCAGUCAAAUGCAAGGUACGUGUCGAGAUUUCCUGUCGCGAUUAUCGUAUCUAACAUUUGUGGAGGAAAUUUGACGGCAACACAAAAUCCCCUAGACAGCGAGCUUCUGUUGGUCAUGAAGCAGAAUAGCAACUUAUCUAGCACAGACCCGAGCUGCGACGACAAUAAUGACAAUGACGACUUUCCUUAUAUAGAUGAGCUCCUAUCAAGUAUGAAGCAGAAAAGCGUGCUAGCAAGCGCGAAACCGAACCACAGUAACACAGCUGAAAAGGUCGAUAACGGAACCCGACGUGAUAGUCCUCUUGAUUCUAGCUGCUCAACAGAAGGAACCACUCAAGGUAAGCACACCAAGUUUCUUGAUUUAGCUAUUCUUACUCAUACAAUCCCAGAUCCAAUUAUCCUCAGUGACGAUGACUCUGCAGGCGCCGAGUCUGAAACCGACUAUACCAAUCCUGACUUCGACCUCACAGAUAACAGCUAUCCUAAUACUUCACGCAUUACAGAGAGCGAGCUGGCGGACGGUGAUGGCUUCGGCUCAAGAGCGGCACUCACGUCUCAUUGUCUUGUCGCCGACCACCAAGACGACAAUAUCCAGCUUCGACUCCCUGCUGACCGACCAAGGUCAGCCUCCCCUAGCUACGGGUCUAUCGCAUACCAAGCCAGCAAACUGAUGGANGUAACACAGCUGAAAAGGUCGAUAACGGAACCCGACGUGAUAGUCCUCUUGAUUCUAGCUGCUCAACAGAAGGAACCACUCAAGGUAAGCACACCAAGUUUCUUGAUUUAGCUAUUCUUACUCAUACAAUCCCAGAUCCAAUUAUCCUCAGUGACGAUGACUCUGCAGGCGCCGAGUCUGAAACCGACUAUACCAAUCCUGACUUCGACCUCACAGAUAACAGCUAUCCUAAUACUUCACGCAUUACAGAGAGCGAGCUGGCGGACGGUGAUGGCUUCGGCUCAAGAGCGGCACUCACGUCUCAUUGUCUUGUCGCCGACCACCAAGACGACAAUAUCCAGCUUCGACUCCCUGCUGACCGACCAAGGUCAGCCUCCCCUAGCUACGGGUCUAUCGCAUACCAAGCCAGCAAACUGAUGGACACGGACAACAUACAAGGAAGCAUGAAUCUCGACGUUACUAAGGAGUUGGAGAAUAAGAGCUCUCAUGUCUCUACAAACGGGCGAGAGUUAUCUGCUAUUUCCAAUACAGUCUCUGAUAGCAACAUUCCUAAGCAAUCCUUGCAGCUGGACUUAGCAGCGGCCUCUCCCCAGGAGCCAGACCUAAAGAACGAUCAUCUGCCAAAGCGUCGCCGCCGGGGUGUUACCGAAAACGUCCGCCGCAAAAGUCCUCGCACAAUAGCUCAUAUCAGAUUGGCUAGUACCGUUGCUGCCGCACUCAGAUCUAGCGCCAAUCCCCAGUCACGCGCUCAAAGCACAACCCUAGACCGGAAACUGGUUGACGAUGGAAGCGCCGAUGAUUCUGAUGUCGAAUAUUACAACGAUGGGAGCGACGCCACUGGCUCUCAGAGAGGCUGUCGAUCACGGAAGCGGGUCAGGUAG